GAGCCGACCGGAUGUCCUCUUUUGGUGAUUUCAUCGCUUUAUCGGAGAAAUGCGAUGAAUUGACGGCCAAAAUCAUCAAUAGGGAGGUCUCCGACGGUAUCGUCGCUCCCAGCUAUGAUCCCGCUGCCCUGAGUCUUCUGGCCAAAAAGAAGAACGGCAACUACUGCGUGCUGAAGGUGAAUCCAAACUACGUUCCCACCGAGACCGAGGAGAGGACCGUUUUUGGCUUGAAGUUGCGUCAGAAGCGUAAUAGCGCUGUAAUCAACGCGACUACCUUCAUCAACGUCGUCGGAAAACAUAACAAUGUAAGUUCACUCCUCCACCAUUUUCAUGCUAUGCAACAAGGCUCAUAUUCUUGGGAAAACCCAAUUUUCUCAUGUGUCCGUUAUAGGAAAUAUGCGUUGCUUGAAAACCUAGCUGAUUUUGGGAACGAGUAUUUUCGCAAUCUCACACGUUUUCUUCUGUUAAACAAAGCUGCCACCGAUGACCUAAUCGUAGCCACAAUUGCACUAAAGUACGCUCAAUCAAAUUCGGUUUGCUUCGCUUCCCGAGGACAGGUGAUUGGCAUGGGAGCUGGUCAGCAGUCAAGGAUUCACUGCACACGAUUGGCUGGUGAAAAAUCUUGCAACUGGUGA